AUGAUUGAAGACAAGGAGAACAAAGAGCAUUCUUCAGAAAGGGGGAGAGUGACCCUCAUUUUUUCCUUAAAGAAUGAAGUUGGAGGACUCAUAAAAGCACUGAAAAUCUUCCAGGAGAACCACGUGAACCUGUUACAUAUCGAGUCCCGGAAAUCAAAUCGAAGAAAUUCAGAGUUCGAGAUUUUUGUUGACUGCGACAUCAACCGAGAACAGCUGAAUGACAUCUUUCCCCUGCUGAAGUCCCACACCACUAUCCUCUCUGUGGACUCGCCCGAUCAGCUCACUGUGAAGGAAGACGUUAUGGAGACUGUUCCUUGGUUUCCAAAGAAGAUUUCUGACCUGGACUUCUGUGCCAACAGAGUGCUGAUGUACGGAUCUGAACUCGAUGCGGACCAUCCUGGCUUCAAAGACAAUGUCUACCGUAGAAGACGGAAGUAUUUUGCAGAGUUGGCUAUGAACUACAAACAUGGGGACCCCAUUCCCAAGAUUGAAUUCACAGAAGAAGAGAUUAAGACCUGGGGAACCAUCUUCCGAGAGCUGAACAAACUCUACCCAACCCAUGCCUGCAGGGAGUACCUCAGAAACCUUCCUCUGCUCUCGAAACACUGUGGCUAUCGGGAAGACAACAUCCCGCAACUGGAGGAUGUCUCCAACUUUUUAAAAGCAUGUACAGGGUUUUCCAUCCGUCCUGUGGCUGGUUACCUUUCACCAAGAGAUUUCCUGUCAGGGUUAGCCUUCCGAGUCUUUCACUGCACUCAGUACGUGAGACACAGUUCAGAUCCCCUCUAUACUCCAGAGCCAGAUACCUGCCAUGAACUCUUAGGUCAUGUUCCUCUCUUGGCUGAACCCAGUUUUGCUCAAUUCUCCCAAGAAAUUGGCCUGGCUUCCCUUGGAGCUUCAGAGGAGACUGUCCAAAAACUGGCAACGUGCUACUUUUUCACUGUGGAGUUUGGUCUGUGCAAACAAGAUGGACAGCUGAGAGUCUUCGGUGCCGGCUUGCUUUCUUCCAUCAGUGAGCUCAAACAUGCGCUUUCUGGACAUGCCAAAGUUAAGCCCUUUGAUCCCAAGGUUGCCUGCAAGCAGGAAUGUCUCAUCACAACCUUCCAGGAUGUUUACUUUGUAUCCGAGAGCUUUGAAGAUGCAAAGGAGAAGAUGAGAGAAUUUACCAAAACUGUAAAGCGCCCGUUUGGAGUGAAGUACAAUCCGUACACUCAGAGUGUUCAGGUUCUGAGAGACGCCAAGAGCAUAACCAGCGCUGUGAAUGAGUUGCGGUAUGACCUCGAUGUCAUCAGUGAUGCCCUUACUAAGGUCAGCAGGCAGCCCAGUGUGUGAUCGUCUCCAGUCUGAAUCCAGAACGCCAACGAGCAUCAGUUCAGAGCCAGGGCCGCCUCUUGCUUCUCCCAAGGCCUGCUUGAGGAAGGACAGCAGCUCCCGGGUUAACAAAGUCUCCCAUCUCUUUCUGUCUCUGAAAAUGCACACCUGGAUGCUUCAGCCACAGCUAACUUCUACUUUUGUUUUGUGUUUUGGCACCUGCUUAGGGAAAUAUAAUUCGCAUGCCAUGUGAUUCACCAAAUUCCCAUUUAAAAUAUUUAUUUCAUUAAAAUAUAAUUAAAUCAUUCUCCCCCUUCCCUUUCUUUCCUCCAACCCCAUCCCCCGCUAUCAUGGCCUUUGUCCCGAAUGCCCAUUUUUUGAUGGGCAAGUUGUUUGACACUGGUCAGAGCUGGUCUCAUCCCAGUCUGUUGUUAGCAAAUGGUCACUUUGGACGCCUUGACGAGCGUGUCUGUAUCAGUGACCUGUCACCACCUUUGUAACAGCUCAGGCGUGUUCUCACACUAGAUGUACAGGAGACUAGCUGUCCCCGUUGCUAGCAUGGACAGAAGUGCAGACGGCUUGGUCCUGGAGCAUGACUGGUAAGAGCAAGCUGUCUCCAAGUGCAAUGUCCGACGGGGACACAGAAGUCACCAAGACUCCACCAGGCAUGGCAGCGCCUGCAAUCCCAGCUCUCCCUGGCACUUUAUCUCAAGGUGUCACACUAGGACAUAAGUGAGAAGACAGUGAGGGAAGAAGGUAGGACAUGGGGAAGGAAAAGGAGAGGGGCCAAGGAGAGCAGUCUGGGCCUGAGAGUGUAACUGUGUGAGGACUGUGAGGACAGGACGGCAGCACAUGUGGUCUCAGCUAUGCAGCAUUAGCGUAAGCAGUUGUGGAAACUUUUCAUUACUGUGACAAAGUGCCAGAGGCAAUCAGCUUGUAAAGAAGAAAAGUUUAUUUUGGCUCAUGUUUGGAUGCUUUGGUCCAUUAGAAGCUGUUCCUGUGUUUUAAGUCUGUGGUGAAGCAAGGCAUGGUGGGAGAAUGUGGCGGAGCGAAGCUAUAAACUUCAUAAAGGAUGUAAAGAGAAAGAGGGAAGGACUGAGAGAAGGAAGA